AUGCUGGCAGCCUACACGUACAUCAUUCUCGUUUUCAACCAUGUCAUUAUGGCAUUUCACGGAACCUCAGUACCACACAAGUGCACCCUGGACACAAGUGUAUACCAAGACAACUCAACGACGACCCAAAAUCCUGGACACAAACAGCUCAACAAUGUCUCAUUUUCCCGGUGUUCUGCCACUCACACAUACUCUGAUGGACAGAAUGAGACCGUUCAAUGUUCAUACGGUCAGUGGACGUAUUACCCUGUAUACGGAGAGACAAACAUCGUCUCACAGUUUGAUUUGGUGUGUGAGAGAAAAUAUCUGGCCAGCCUGGCAAAUACUAUCUACUUUGUUGGAGUGAUGGUGGGAGGGUUGUUGUUUGGUGACCUGGCCGACCGCUUCGGCCGCCUGCCCAUCAUGCUGUUUACACUCUACAGUUCUGUCAUCCUCGGCAUCGUAACGGCAUUCUCCGUCACCUACACCAUGUUUGUGACUCUGCGCUUCGUCACCGGAAUACUAAUGCAGGGCCUGCAGACAUCUGCCUACACUCUGAUCAUGGAGCUGUACAUUGCCAAGUACCGGCCCUUUGCUGGAGCGGUCACGGAAUGUUUCUUUGGAGUAGCCAUCAUGAUUCUGGCUGGGGCGGCUUAUCUGGUACGAGACUGGCGCUACUUACAGAUUGUGGUGACUCUUCCAGGACUCCUAACUUUGUUUUACCCUUGGGUUGUUCCAGAAUCUCUUCGGUGGCUCAUCAUUAAGGGGAAACUGAACAAGGCUGAGGAAGUCAUUCACAGAAUUUGUAAAGUUAACAAGAUCCCAUUCCCUGCUGACAGAUGGGAGAAACUGAAGCAGUCAUGCGAUAAAGGCGUGGAUAGUUUACAGCCCAGACAGCACAGUUUGAUUGAUUUGUUCCGUACAUCUCAUAUCAGGCAAUCAUCGGUCAUCCUUUUUUAUAUAUGGUUCGCCAUCUCUGCUAGCUACUAUGGUCUCACAUUCCAACUGACCAGUUUCUCUGGAAGUCGAUACCUGAUAUUUUUUAUCGGAGGAGCAGUGGAGACGCUGGCCUACAUUCUGACACUUCCAGUCAUGAAGAGGUUUGGCCGCAAGAAGCCUCUGUUGGCAUGUUUUGUUGCUGCUGCUGCCUUGUGUCUGGGUGCUGGCAUUGUCAGUGACUACACCACAGGCUGGUUCAAUGUUACAGUUGCCUUAGCCCUGGCAGGUCGAUGUGCAGUGGCUGGCCUGUUUGGCAUUAUCUUUGUCUACACAUCGGAGGUCUACCCUACAGUUAUACGCAAUAUUGGAAUGGGGGCCUGCUGCCUGUGGGCUCGAGCUGGCGGUGUGGCUGCCCCUCAGAUCAACCAGUGGACAAAGGUUCUGUGGAGUGUGGACGCUACCAUUAUCUUUGGAGUCAUGGCUGUGGUUGCAGGCAUUUUCCUGUUCCCUCUCCCUGAAACUCACAACCGCAGACUGCCCGACUCGGUGCAAGAGGUAGAAGACAUCUCCAGAGAUGAAGAGGCUGCAGGGGCCAAUGGCCACCUGGCAUCAUCAGGGAAAGUUAGUAUAGUGGAGGAGCAGGCUGGUUUAUUGCCAAGUAGUGACCAAAUUAAAUUUACAGACGUUUCGAAGGAACGGGAAUUGUAG